ACUUGACUUUUGUCCUCCCCCCAGGACCCUGCAGCUGAGGUGCGAAUGAAGGUGGCGUCCAUCACGGAGCAGGCGCUCACCCUGGUCAACAAGCGACUGGGUCUGUACCGACACAUGGACGAAGUGGUCAACCGCUACAAACAAUCCCGCGACAUGGGAGCGCUCAACAGCGGCCGGAAGACCCUGGAGGCAGACCACCGCGCUCUCACCAACGAGAUCAGCUCACUGCAGGCUCGCCUUAAGACCGAAGGCUCCGACUUGGCAGAUAAGGUCGGGGAGGUGCAGAAGCUGGACGGGCAGGUGAAAGACCUGGUGUGCCGAGCCAGCCAGGAGGCGGAGCGACUGGUGGCCGGCAAGGUGAAGAAGGAGGCCUACAUCGAGGGAGACAAGAACCUGGCCAGCAAGAGACUGGAGCUCAUCGGUCGUAUCGACAGUCUGCUGGACGCUCUUUAAACCACGCACCAACAUCAUCAUGUGUAUGUAUGACCACCCAAAUAAAUGUGACACGUGCUUUUUUUUUUUUUUUAACACAUCAUGUACAGCCAGUAAUUGUCAUCUCGGGGUCACAAUGAGUUUAUCCAAACACUCGUGCCUUGUGAUAAACCGGAUCACUCUUCUUGGCUUCGUUAGCUCGGUCACAUUUUCACAUUUAUAUCCCAGCCCUUUUUUUUUUUACGGGUCUAAGUUUUCACAAGUCUGGAAAAUAAUUAUAGUAAAUUGAAAGUGUUUUCUUUUCUCACACCAAUUCUACAUUUUCUAAAGUGGCUUUAUUACUAAUUUUCUCCCUUUUUGCACUUAGUAUUUUUCUACUUGCCCCAGACAUGAACAAUCUUAAAGCUCUGAUAUAGUUUUUUAUGUCUGGAACCAUUAUAAGUUUGUCAUCUUUUCUAUACUUUGGGGUUUUCACUGAGAUUAAGUUGGGUGAGAAAAGAAAUAGAAAGCUGGCAUGUUUAAAUAAAAAAACAUUUGGAGUAACAA